AUGAAACCCAGUUACACUGAUCUUUGUAAUAUCAGACACCACGGUUUCAAAGUCGUUACGAUAUCUGAUCUUUCAAAGCUCAUUUCGUUACUAUUUCGAGGUGUUUUAAGAAAAUAUCGUAAUGAUAUUUACAAAAAACAGCGUGUUUAA